UUGAAAAAAUGGUUGACCUUGCCCAGCUAAUGGAAAAUGAAGUAUUCAUGGCAUUUGCCUCCUACACAACGAUUGUUCUUUCAAAAAUGAUGUUUAUGAGUACUGCAACUGCAUUCUAUAGAAUAACAAGAAAGGUUUUUGCCAAACCAGAAGACUGCGCAAGCUUUGGCAAAGGAGAAAAUGCCAAGAAGUACCUUUGGGUUGAUGACAGAGUAGAACAUGUAGGAAGGGCCCACCUGAAUGACCUUGAAAAUAUUGUGCUAUUUCUUGGGAUUGGCCUUCUCUAUUCCUUAAGUGGCCCAGAUCUCUCUACAGCUAUCCUGCACUUCAGACUCUUUGUUGGAGCAUGGAUCUACCGCACAUUAUCAUAUUUGUUACCUCUUCCUCAGCCAAAUCGUGCUUUGGCUUUUUUUUUUUUUUUUUUUGGAUAUGGAGUUACUUUGUCAAUGGCUUACAGAUUGCUGAAGACUAGAUUGUACCUGUAAGGAGAAUUAUACAACUCAUCACCCUAUUAUUUCCUAAGAAUUCUGUAUUUUCAAUUUAUAAUGAAAACUUUUUAAGAUUUUAAGUGGGAGGGAGCAGAGAAAUUAAGAUGGGGGAAACCUAGACUGAAUCUUAACAUCACCAAUGUCCUUUACUCUUGUGUUAUAUUUGCACUAGAAA